AUACUCUUCCAACACUUUUACAUUCCUGCCCUUUGUUAUCUUCUCUUGUCGUCUCUCUCUCUCUCUCUAGUCCUUCACUUCACCAUUUUGUCAAUUCAAUUUCCCUUUUGUUUAUUCUACUUUGUCGGUGUGAGUAACAAACAUUGUACAACACAACAUAGUAUAGACAUUCACUUGCAAUGUUUUGUUCUAUGUUCUUUUUCUAUCUGGGUAUUUUUGUUAUCAUCUCAUUUUGAUCAUAGAAUUUAGAUUUUGAUCUUUUUCGCAAAUGGGGUUGUGAAUUUUCUAGGAAAGUUUCAAUCUUUAUCAUCAAUUUCAUACAAUUGUUAACAUAACCAUGGUAUCUAUUCAGAUUAAAUUUCACAUUUUUCUCUUAUUUUCCCUUAUGAUUAUAAUGUGUUAUGGUGAAACCAAUCCAAAUGAUCUCAAAAUUCUGAUUGAUUUCAAGAAAGGGUUGAAGAAUCCAGAGCUUCUGAAAUGGCCUGAUAAUGGUGAUGAUCCAUGUGGUUCACCUUCAUGGAAUUAUGUGUACUGUUCUAAAGGUAGAGUUACUCAAAUUCAAGCUAAGAAUCUUGGUCUUAAAGGUUCAUUGCCUUCAAAUUUUAAUCAACUUUCAGAGCUUCAAAAUUUAGGUCUUCAAGGAAAUAAUCUUAGUGGAAUGUUACCUAGUUUUAGUGGAUUAUCUAAUUUGCAAUAUGCUUUUUUGGAUUAUAAUCAAUUUGAAGCAAUCCCUUUAGAUUUCUUCAAUGGAUUGACCAAUAUUCAGAUUUUGACUUUGGAAGAAAACCCUUUGUUGAAUGCUACUAAUGGUUGGUCAUUUCCUUUGGAUUUGAAAAAUUCAGCUCAAUUAACAACUCUUUCGUUGGCGAAUUGUAAUUUGGUUGGUACAUUACCUGAUUUUCUCGGCACAUUGUCUUCAUUAUCAGAAUUGAGGCUUUCAGGUAACAGAAUUUCGGGUGAAAUUCCAGUUAGUUUUGGUCAAUCGUCGAUACAGGUUCUAUGGUUGAAUGAUCAACAAGGCGGUGGAAUGACAGGUUCUAUUGAUGUUAUUGGUUCAAUGACGUUUUUGAAACAAGUUUGGUUACACGGAAACAAGUUCACCGGAACAAUUCCAUCGAAUAUUGGUAAUCUCACUUCUCUACAAGAUCUUAUCCUCAAUAGUAAUCAACUUGUAGGUUUGAUUCCAAAUUCAUUAGCAAAUAUGGAACUUAAAACACUUGAUUUAAAUAAUAACAAGUUCAUGGGUCCAAUACCGAAGUUUAAGGCUGCAAAAGUAUCAUAUGAUUCUAAUUUCUUUUGUCAAACUAAACCUGGUUUUGAUUGUGCUUCUGAUGUUAAUGUCUUGUUGGAUUUUCUACGUAAUGUGAAUUAUCCGUCAAAUCUUAUUAGUCAAUGGGUUGGUAAUGAUCCUUGUGGACAACCAUGGUUUGGAUUGAGAUGCAAUAACGCGAAGGAGGUAUCGAUGAUUAAUUUGCCUAAUCAAAAGCUUAAUGGUACUUUGAGUCCUUCACUUGCUAAGUUAGUUUCAUUACUUCAAAUUAAGCUUGCAGGAAACAAUUUAAAUGGCAAAGUUCCUAGUAAUUUUACUGACUUGAAAUCACUGACGUUGUUGGAUUUGAGUGAUAACAAUUUUGAACCUCCAUUGCCAAAUUUUCACGAUGGUGUGAAAGUUAUCACUGAUGGUAACCCUCUUUUUGUUGAUCACUCUAGAACGAGUCCCGUUCCUAUUAGCAGUCCACCACCUUUAAGUGGUCCACCUUCACCACACAUUGUGUCGCCGCCGCCACUGCCAUUGCCAUCUCCAUCUCCAUCGCCAUCCUCCGUUAUUCCACAUCCCUCUAGUCAAAGUCCAAGCUCUGAUCAAUCUAGGAAUGUCGAAUCAAAGGCUCAACCGAGUAACUCACAUGGAUUCAAAACAGUAACUAUAGUGUCUGGAGUUGCAGCUGCAUUGGUAGCUCUUUUGGUCAUUUGUCUCUUAGUAUUAUGUUGUAUGGAGAAGAAGAAAAAAGGUUCAAUUGAUGGUUUUAGUUCCGUUGUGGUUAAAACUCAAGAUUCAUCUGAUCCAAACGCGAUGGUUAAACUUGCCGUGUCAGAUAGCAGCAACACUGGGAACUUAUCCACAACUACAGGAACAAGUUCUCUAACUAGUGGCGAAACCGGAUACUAUCAUGUUGUUGACUCCGGUAACCUUGUCAUCUCAGUUGAUGUUAUACGCAAGGUCACAAAUAAUUUUGCUUCGGAAAAUGAACUCGGCCGUGGAGGAUUUGGAACCGUUUACAAAGGUGAACUGGAAGACGGAACAAAAAUAGCAGUGAAAAGAAUGGAAUGUGGAAUUAUUAGCAGUAAAGGAAUUGAUGAGUUUCAAGCAGAAAUAGAUGUCCUUUCGAAGGUUCGGCACCGACAUUUGGUAUCCCUUCUAGGCUAUUCCAUUGAAGGAAAUGAGAGGCUUUUGGUUUAUGAAUACGUGCCUCUUGGUGCUUUAAGCAGACAUCUUUUCCAUUGGAAAAGCUUGAAUUUGGACCCUUUGUCUUGGCCACAUAGGCUUGCAAUAGCACUUGAUGUUGCUAGAGGGAUGGAAUACCUUCACAGUCUUGCUCGACAGACCUUCAUCCAUCGAGAUCUCAAGUCUUCUAAUAUCCUACUUGGAGAUGAUAUUCGAGCCAAAGUUUCUGAUUUUGGUUUGGUGAAACUUGCACCAGAUGGUGAAAAGUCUAUGGCAACAAGACUUGCUGGAACAUUUGGAUACCUUGCCCCUGAAUAUGCAGUGAUGGGGAAAAUCACGACUAAAGUGGAUGUGUUCAGCUACGGUGUGGUAUUGAUGGAACUUCUGACCGGAUUAAUGGCUCUUGACGAGAGCCGACCAGAGGAAAACCGAUACUUAGCCGAAUGGUUUUGGCAAAUCAAAUCAAACAAAGAAAAGCUAUUGGCUGCCAUCGAUCCAGCACUUGAUGUAAGCGAAGAGACUUUCGAGAGUUUUUCCACUGUAGCUGAACUUGCCGGACAUUGCACUGCUAGAGAAGCAAAUCAUAGGCCAGAUAUGGGGCAUGCAGUCAAGGUGCUGUCGGAAUUAGUAGAGAAAUGGAGACCGGUUGAUGAAGAAUUCGAUUAUAGCGGUGGCGUUGACUUCGGUCAACCGCUUCCGCAAUUAUUGAAAUUUUGGAAGGAAGCAGACAGCAACGAUGUAAGUUAUACAAGUCUUGAAAAUAGUAAAGGAAGUAUACCAAAUAAGCCUUCUGGUUUUGCAGAAUCUUUUACAUCUUCUGAUGGCAGAUGAUUUGGAUGUAAUUUCAGUGCAUUUUGAGUAAAUUUCACUUUCAUUUUGGUUGUGACGUUAUGUCUGUUUUGGCAGCAAAAAAAUGGUAUAACUUAUUUGUUUACACUUUUCAGUUUGUUGGUUUUGUACUUCAGUGUACUUUAAGGUACUACUUAUACAGGUAUGGAGGUGUAAAUAAAGAAGAGGAGUGUUAUCUAAA